UGUAGUCCCGCCCACCUAGUGCGGGAGUGUCUCUCCUCACUGCCCUGCGGAGUUUCUAAGUUUCACCAGUCUAACUCUAAGUAGACAAUCAAAACAACAUCAACACGUCUCAAUGACACCCGUGGUGAUCAAGCGAAGCUUUAGGAGCUAACUUCAACAAUGUGCCAACAGCGAUGCACACCAGGCACCUGGAGGUGAGGCUGGCUCCUGUUGGAUUAUUCAAAGGAAAGAUGAUUUACGGAGCUCCAGGAGACAGAGUUCCUUCUCCAGUGAACGUCCACAACUCAGAAAAGAGGAAACAUGAGAGCCAGCAGGAUGAUGAGAGAACUUACGUCCCGAAGCCACCCAACGCCUUCAUGCUUUUCAUGAAGGAGCAGAGGCCGAACGUUCUGGCCACCCACAAAUCCACUGACUCUGCCACUGUCAGCAUGAUCAUUGGAAGGAAGGUAUGUGUCUUUGCUCUGUAGGUUUGAGACUCAGUGUCACACAAACUUCAUCAGACAGUGUCUGAGACCACACUCCUAAAACCUCCCUCUAACUUUAAUCUUGACAGUAAGUUUUAUUUCUGUGCAUGAUUUGUUACUUAUUUUCACUUUACAAGAGAACAGAUCUAAGGUUUCAAUACAGGACCUGUACCGACUCAUGUAGAUCUAUGUGGAUUA